GGCUGGGUAGUACACGUCAGCAGUGAAUGAAGUUGUACCCAAGAUGUAUCAUGUCCUAUCAUCCUCUUCCUGGUGUGAGCGUGUUGACACAUUACACCUAGUUUGGGUGGUAAAAACAAGCGACUGCUCUGGCAAAUGGCUCGGUUUUGAAGAGGAAAUACAGUCAUGCGAGAAGAAAAGCAGCCGUCAUAAAACGUUUGACAUUUAGUUAAAGACACGCAUCGUUGGACAGUAAUAAUAAGAGUUUCUCCGCACGAGGAAAACUGUCGCGAGGAAGUUUACAAUGAAGGCGCUCGCGAUAAGGUGAAUCCAAGCCAUUUCUGUUGAAGUCCAAAGUCUGUUUUUACUUUAAGAAAAUGAGGUUUCGGGUGCUCAAAAAGAAUCUGCUCGCGCUGCUGGGUGUUUCCUUUGUCGUUGUGACUCUGCUUAUUUCCACACGUGUGUUAUUAGUCAACGAUAAUGACACAACUGGACCUAAUAACGUCGAGCCGGGACACCAGGGAAUGCAUUCUGGUGACGCGGUAAAGUUUAAGUUUGGCUCGCCUACAGAGUUGACUCAGUCCGUUUACAGUGCCAAUUACAAGCAGUGUGUUCACAACGCGGAUACGUUUCCAGGGGAGCCUCUGCUGGUGCUGGUAGUUCAGGUCCACAACAGGCCUGAAUACCUCAGACUGUUCAUCAAGUCACUGGAGAAAGCUGCUGAGGUCCACAGCUUCCUCCUUAUUUUUAGCCAUGACUACUUUUCAGAGGAAAUAAACGCCAUUGUGCAAGGGAUAACUUUCUGCAAAGUACUGCAGAUUUAUUUCCCCUUCAGCACUCAGCUGUAUCCCAGCGAGUUUCCUGGGAAGGAUCCAAGGGACUGCCCUCGAGACAUAUCCAAGGACAACGCUCGCAAAACAGGAUGCCUCAACGCAGAACACCCUGACUCCUAUGGACACUACAGGGAGGCCUUCAUCACUCAGACUAAACACCACUGGUGGUGGAAACUGCACUUCGUGUGGGAGCGAGUGCCGGCCCUGCAGGGCUACAGCGGCUUUGUGAUCUUCCUGGAGGAGGAUAACUACAUCCUACCUGACUUUUUCCACUACUAUAAAUCAAUGGUGGAAUUCAGGAAAAGCAGCUGCCCCGAUUGUGACAUGCUAGCCUUGGGUAACCACAAUGGCCUUACUGAUUUCAACAGACUGUCCAAUAAGGUGUUGACCACUGGGUGGAUGUCCACUAAACACAACAUAGGCAUGGCCAUCUCCAGAGAUGUGUACUACAAACUGAUGGGCUGCCACGAGGAAUACUGCACCUACGACGACUACAACUGGGACUGGACUCUGCAGCACCUCUCGGGAACCUGCAUAUCAAAGCCCAUCAAGGUGCUGGUGGCACAUGGCUCCAGGGUCCUCCACACAGGAGACUGUGGCCUUCACAAGAAGGAGAACUGCAGGCCAGAAUGGGCCACACAGAAGGUGGAGGAGAGCCUUAAAACGGCCAAGGAGGGUCUCUUUCCUCAAUCUCUCGUCCUUCAGGGUGCAGAGGCAGUAGAGCACAAGACACACAUGAAGAACGGAGGAUGGGGAGACGUUCGGGACCAUAUUCUAUGCAAGAACUACGCCAAACGUCUUUGAACUGUAACUUUUCUUGGGUAAAAUGUUAUUUGGUAUUCUGCAGACGUGCCAUUCAUACAUAACUUUUCAGGGUUUCGGAGGCUGCACUGGGUUGUGUUUUCACUUGGAGUGUUCUCUAUUUACAGCAAGGUCUUUCACGGAAAUUGGACCAAAUCAAGUCCAAAAAUGCUGCAUGUACACAGCUAGCUUUAACUCUUUUUUUUAAUCACCAAAGCUGCACAGUUGCCAAAGAUUUUGUUGAUAUUUGUGUUGUUUUAAAUGCAAGCUCGGCUCAAUUUCAUUUCACCAGGUUUGUUAUACUCUGGGUGCCUUACAAUCCAAAACAUUAGAUUUAUUGCACAGUGCUGGGUAUAUCUAUAUCAGAACUUAUUUGCUACUGUGUUGCAUUCAUGAAUCAUUUAUAAGCAUUUUACAUGUGCCUUUACGGUACGGGUUUUAAGUGCGACAAUAAAAAAGGCACGUGUAAUGUACUGUACAGACUCAAUCAAAUGUGUAUGACAAUCUUACAUAUGAUGGGGAACUCGUUUAUACAACUGUCUUCUUAAAGUUGAAUGAGAACAUUAUUUCAUGCACAUAAUGGUAUCUGUGUUACUGAAUGUAACCUUCACUGUAACCAGGGGGCUUUUUUUGAGGAGAGGUCAGCUGACACCACUUACUUACUCAGUCUCCCACUCCCCACUGCAUUGACCCCUGGCUACAAAAAGAGAGCUUGAUUGAAAUUGAUUUUUUUCCUUCUUCUGUUGUGACUGUAUAUUUGCUUUCUGAUAGGUGAAAGCGACCUUUUGGAGUCUUGUUCAAGGUCUGUCUUCCUGCAAACACGAGUCAUCUGGGAUUCAGCAUUUUCUAUAUUUGCACCUUUGUUAGAGUUUAUUUUGGGAUCCUUACAUUGGGACCUUAUGACAAGGUGUUGCUGUUCCUUUUCAUUCAGCUGUUAGGGACAUUUAAAAACACAUUCACACUAAAGUAACCUUUCUUUACAGUAGAAAACUGAGAAAAUUAACUAAAUAUAUUGAUGCUAUUAUAGCCUUAAAGCUGACCAAAAGUGCCUUUGAUUGUUACUUUGUGCCUAAACUUGUUUUAAAAGAGAUUUUUAAUGGUGCACUGCUAACAUUGUUGUUCACAUUAUGCGCCUGUCAGUGCUAGGGACUUGUAGUUCACCUCAUAAAUAUAUAUAUUUUUGGUAUUGUCUUUCUUCAUGAGAUGUUGAGGGAAAAGUGAAUGGUAAUGUCACAAAAAUCUUCAUUGUAAAAUUAUGUUAAAUAAUUGCAUCGCUGUGCCCUUUUGCUCGCAAAAGGUGACAGUGGCUCCACUCAGAGUGGUUUAAUCUGAUAUUGGUGCAUGUCAGCGUCCCUAAUGGAGAUUCCUGGUAAAUGAAUAUGAAGUGAAUGUGAUAAUGAAAUAGAUAAAUCUUAUGUUAUGUUGAAAAGCACAAUGCAUUCUUAAGGAACAUGUCAAAGAUAGCCUUAUACACAAAGAUGUACUAUGUAAAAAUGACUCGUAUGUUUGUAUGUGUGUGGGAUGUGUAAUGAUUCUUUAGUUUGUUGAGAGUGAGUUUUUUUUGCUUGUUUUCUUUUCUUUCUGAGUAUCACUUGAAAUAGCUGUUUGUGGUUCACCUAAUGUUUGCCAAAUGAGGAAAAAAAUAAAAGGCAGAAUUUUCAA